GUCACAUAUUUUGUUUUUUUCUUCUUUUUUUUUACAUUACAGACAACAACACAAAAAAUCACAUAAACAAAUCCUAUGUUCACUGUCGGUGUGAUUUCAUUACACCUUUUUCCUCUCUGCUUUCUCUGUUCUUACAUCAACAUUCAUCAAAUUUACUUUACAUACCCAUCAAAAACCCUCACUAAAUUUAUCAACUUUUCUGCCUGAUCUCAAAUGGGUUUGCUUCAAAAUUUCCAAUUUCAAACCAUUUCAUGAUGGGUGGUGAUCCAUGAAGUUUCCUCUGUUUUAGGGUAUGUGUAUUUUGUGUUACAUUCUGCAAUUGUAACAUGGAUCUAGGAUUUUUCAGAUUUCUAUGUCAAGCUGAAACAAGAAGAUUAGUUUCAUUGUUAGGAAUAACAGUAGCUUUAAUUUUAGUACUUCAGUUUUCUGAACUUCCAAAUAGUAACUUUGUUUCUUCUCUUACUGCAAGAAUCAAAAGUUUCACAAUAGAUUCAUCUUCUGUUAAUUCUACAUUGGAGGGUAAUAAUGUAAAUGUGAAUCUAAAUGCUUCAAAUUCAAACUCUAGUGAUGCAUUACAAGAUAUAUCAAUUAGUCCUCAAACUUCUUCAUUAGAAAAUGGUGAAGGAAUUGAAAAUGUCGUAAAUGUUAGUUCACCAAUGGUUAGUGUUGAUGGAAAAGAUGUUAAUUUAACAUCACAAGUGAAUCAAUCCUCUUUGCUUGCACCACAGCCUAUGGUGCCAUUGUCCAACGGAUCAUUCUUCGAUUCAAAAAUGUAUCCGAAGGACGGAAUUUUGGAAUCUGUGGAAAAAAUGCAUUCCACAAUGAGUAAUAAUAAGCCCAAGAUAUCGAAGAAUUCCAAGAGGCCGUCUAAAGUAGUUCCGAUAUCCGAGAUGAACUUAAUGUUGCAGCGCAGCCACGCUUCGUCCCAGAUAGUGAAACCAGCAAGUUCGGAAGCUGUUAGUGCGGAAAUAUUGCGUGCAAAAUCAGAGAUUGAAAAUGCCCCUAUCGUUGUGAAUGAUUCAAGACUUUAUUCGCCUUUAUACCGGAAUGUUUCCAUGUUUAGAAGGAGUUAUGAACUAAUGGAGAAGAUGCUAAAAGUUUAUGUCUAUCCGGACGGAGACAAGCCAAUCUUUCAUGAGCCAUUACUUGAUGGAAUAUAUGCAUCAGAAGGAUGGUUUGUGAAAUUAAUGGAAGGAAACAAACAAUUUAUGACUGGAGACCCUGAAAAGGCUCACUUGUUUUACAUACCUUUCAGUUCAAGAUUGUUGCAGUUAACUCUUUAUGUACGUAAUUCGCACAAACGUUCGAACUUAAUUGACUACAUGAAAAAUUAUGUGGACAUGAUUGCCGGAAAGUACCCUUUUUGGAAUAGAACAAAUGGAACAGAUCACUUUGUUGUUGCCUGCCAUGAUUGGGCUCCUGCAGAAACAAGAGGACGCAUGCUAAAUUGCAUCAGAGCCCUAUGCAAUGCUGACAUUGAAGUAGGAUUCAAGAUAGGAAAAGAUGUAUCACUUCCGGAAACAUAUAUAAGAUCAAUUGAGAAUCCUAUAAAAAAUCUAGGUGGCAACCCUCCUUCUCAGAGGCCUAUCCUAGCAUUUUUCGCAGGCGGUUUGCACGGUUAUGUUCGGCCUAUGCUGUUGAAGUUAUGGGAGAACAAAGAACCAGACAUGAAAAUAUCCGGUCCGUUACCGCAUGUCAAGGGUAACACAAACUACAUCGAACUCAUGAAGAGUAGCAAAUUCUGCAUUUGUGCAAGAGGUCAUGAAGUUAAUAGUCCGCGCGUGGUUGAGGCCAUAUUUCACGAGUGCAUUCCUGUUAUCAUAUCUGAUAAUUUUAUUCCUCCUUUGUUUGAGGUUUUGAAUUGGGAAUCUUUUGCUGUGUUUAUCAAGGAGGGACAUAUUGCUUAUUUGAGGGAUAUACUACUCGCUAUAUCGGAAGAGAAAUACUUAGAGAUGCAUAAGAGGGUGAAAAAGGUGCAAGAGCAUUUUCUUUGGCAUCAUGAGCCUGUUAAGUAUGAUUUGUUUCACAUGCUUCUUCAUUCAAUUUGGUACAAUAGAAUUUUCUAUACAAGUUAGAAGUAGUAAUCAUGUAUCAAUUUUGUAGGAAACUCAUUGUGUAAACAUUACAACUAAAGCAAGAAUAAUAUGAUGGGAAAAAAAAUUCAUUAGUUCUUGUUGAGGGUCAUAUUUAUUAUCCCCAAAAAGAAGAAAUCGAUAU